GUCAGAGAGGCGCCUGAUCCGAAAUCUGGUCGCAGUCCAUUGACGCCGGCUGGAGCCCUUCCGUGCACUUUGUAAAUUGUUUCUAGGGCUUAUCGGAUUUUUCCGGUGGAAUUUUAAACAAAAAAGCGUCCCGGUGGGAGAAAGCCGCUGAACAAAGCGAAGGAAGGAAAAGAAUGAGUGAGGCCUGGAGGAGACAUCGUCAGAGUGCUCCGGAAGCUGGCCGACAAUGAAGGCUGUGAUCUACCACGCCUUCUCUCAUAAAGAAGCCAAGGACCACGAUGUGCAGGAGCUGGGAACCCAGCGGGCUGAGGCCUUUGUGCGGGCCUUCCUGAAGCAGAGCAUACCUCACAUGAGCCAACAAGACUGUGAGAGCCAUCUGCAGCGCAAGGCUGUGGUCUUAGAAUAUUUUACUCGCCUAAAGCCGAAGCCAAGGCCAAAGAAGAAAUCCAAAGGCCUCUCUGCCAAACAGAGGAGAGACAUGCGGCUCUUUGACAUUAAACCAGAGCAGCAAAGAUACAGUCUCUUCCUCCCUCUACAUGAACUCUGGAAACAGUACAUCCGUGACCUGUGCAAUGGGCUCAAGCCAGACACGCAGCCACAGAUGAUUCAGGCCAAGCUCCUAAAGGCAGAUCUUCAUGGUGCUAUUAUCUCAGUCACAAAAUCCAAGUGCCCCUCCUAUGUGGGAGUUACAGGAAUCCUUCUGCAAGAGACCAAGCAUGUCUUCAAGAUCAUCACCAAAGAAGACCACCUGAAAGUUAUCCCCAAGCUAAAUUGUGUGUUCACCGUAGAAAUUGAUGACUUCAUUUCCUACAUUUAUGGAAGUAAAUUCCAGCUUCGGGCAAGUGAGCGGUCUGCCAAGAAGUUCAAAGCAAAGGGAACAAUUGACCUGUGAAGUCUUUGACUCUGGAGACAGACAUCCCUGACACCCAAGAACUGGAAACACCCUAAAUAUUCACUUUUUCUUGAAGAGCUUCUGGCUGUAGCCUGCCUCUAGUCCAGGGGGGAAAGUGGCUGAAGAGCAUUGAACAGAGGAGAAAGCUGAGGAAGAUAUUUGUAUUUUUAGAUGACCUUAAGUUAGGUUUAGUUCCACAGGGAGGAAAGACUCACAGAAAUGCACCAGGAUUAACCUUGGUUCAUCUGAAGAAGGGGGCGUUUAGGUUCUGUCUUUCCUACUUGUUUGUGUAUCCUGAACGUUCCAGUUACAUCAGUUGUUCAAAAAAUAAUAAAACCAGACUACAGGCAUAAA